AUGGCAUCUGACGAUCAAGAUCCUACCAGCCAUCGGCCUAGCCCGUCUCCUCGCCAGUACAAAUGUGGCCACUGCCCCAAGGCCUUUAAGCGCAGUGAGCACUGUAUCCGGCAUGAACGGAGACAUACACUCGAGAAACCAUUUUCGUGUCGCUACUGUCGGAAAAGCUACUCGCGCAAAGAUCUCGUCACUCGCCACGAACGCACAUUGCACGCCGACAAAUGCACUCGGACGAAUCCUCAUGCUCGGCCCGAAGUCUUGGUCGCAUCGGCCAACGAAGGGGACACGGUGCACUGUGCUCAGCAUCCUACCAUCCGUCGCGAUUCAUUGUUAGAGCCCCUCUCAUCGCUCGACGAGAACGCUUGGAUACCGCCAUCAUGCCACGACCCUUUACCCCCAAGGCCUAGUCGCGUCGAUGAGGACGUCGGAAGUCGCUUUGAAUCCAUCGGCGCGAUGAAUGGCCCGCAACCUGCUGCCCGUCACCACUCCAUGCCAACACCACCCUCCCGGCGCACGUCGACCAGUGAGCCAGUGUGCCGCACCCCCAACGUCUCCCCCUCGGCAAGGUCUCAUAACGGCCUUGCGAUCGGCUCUCCCAACGGAUCGACUGCGCCCGAUGUCGGCAGUGAGCCCUCAGACAAUCGGAGUGUGAAUGGGCAGGAUUUCGAACCGCCAUAUCGAGUCCAGUACCCACGACACCAAGAUACACAGCAACAAGCCCCAGCAAUGCCGGAUCCUCCGGUUCUUCAAGACCCUGCAGAGGGCCAGCUAAGCCUGCCUCUGCUUGACUUUGGUCCUCUGCCUGAUGACCUCUUCGACGUCGCGGAUUUUGACCAAAUCGAGAUCCCUGACUGGAUGGAGUUGUCUUGGACUGCAACACCUGUAAUGAGUACGGCUGGAACCUCCAGAGGGCCACAUGCCACCUUGCCCGACGUAGCCCUACGUGUCCAAGAUACGCAUGGCUCUAGCCCCCGGGACCAUCGGGCAAACGCGACUCCCACGAAUCCGCAUGUACCCAAGGAAAGGAAUGGCGGCUUGAAAGAAGCAUUCACCGCCGAUGUGCAUGUACGCGAUUGGAUCUGCCAAGAUCUGGUGCAACGGCAUGUCCCAGAACACCAGCUCGAGGAGAUUCCCACUGAAAAACUCUGCCAGGGCUUCCUUUCAAGCUACAUGAACUGUUUCCAUGGCCACUUCCCUAUAAUUCACCGGCCAACUUUUACCCCUACAACAACUCCGAGUCCGCUGCUCCUCAUCAUGUGUAGUAUCGGUGCAUUGUAUCGCCUCGACCGACGGAGGGCAAAAAGCUUGUAUGAUAUCACUGUACGCUCCAUCGAACAGAUGACCUCUGCAAGCCACAGUUCAGUGUCUCACGCCGACUACCCAAUCUGGUUUGUACAGACAAAACUGUUAUUGACCCUUUUCACCGUUUUAAGCGGUGACGACGAGCUGGUGUCUACAGCCAUGGCCGAGAACGGAUUUUAUACAUUGGUGUACGAAACGAUUCGCCAGUCCCUCAACGAUCAAGGUGCGGACCACAGAAUACUCUCUUGGCCUGAAUGGAUCCAGCACGAAACCCGAAAAAGAACCUUGGGUGGAAUCUUUAUCGUCAGCACCCUCAAUAUGAUCAUCUACAAUGUCAACCCCGGUUUUCAUCCCGCCGAAGACCUGGACUUUGAGGCCUUUGACGAUGAAAGCCACUGGAAUGCCAGGACAGCAAGCGAGUGGUGUGAGCUCCGAACCGCCUGGCAUCAACCGGACUAUCUGACCAUGCGGGAAAUGCUCAUGGACCUCAUUUCCGAUGAUUCUAGUCGUUUAAAGAACCGAUCUCGAGUUUCUCCAUUCUCGUCGUGGGUAAUCACACACGCCUUUGUAGUCUAUACGUGGCAUCUAUUUCAAGUGGCUCCGCCGACCUCGUCCGCGAUUUUAGGUGCCAACGUUACGUCUUUACUGCUUCACUCGGCAAUGCAGUCUCUCGCGAGAUACCAUGAACUACUGGAAGAAAGUGUCGACACGAAUCCAGAGGAAGUGACUCACACCGCCAAGCCGUCGCUGAUAUCGACCUGUCGGGCAAUCCUCCCUAUCGCAUACAUCCGACUCUUCGGUUCCGCUAUCCGCCUCGAUCGCUUGAGCUUGAUAUCUCGAGACUCGGACUCGGUUGAAGCAUCUGUGGCAGUGUUUGCAUCGACGAAAAUGAUAAAGACGCCUUAUCUGCUCGAUGUUGUACGACGGUCGUUUGACGGUCUAAGAAGGACAGUCAAGAUAGGGCAUUUGCUCAUGCGCAAAACGGCAGCAUUCCAUUGGAGUAUUGAGCAUGCCGUUGCGGCAUGGGACUGUGCUCUUUUUGUGACCAAAUGGGUACAUGCCGUAGAACUUGACGCCUUGAACAACAUCCUGACCAGUCCCGCCGAGGCCCAGCUUCUAGAUUCCAUGAAGCAAGUGCUUGAUGAGACAGACUGCAGUUUCAGGGAAGGGCUGUCUCUGGCUGCUGCACUAGCAAGACUAUGGAGUUUGAGUCUCCAGGAUGUUUGGGUAUGGGGUAUUACUCCCCGGAUGGGGACCAUCCUGUCAAACCUGGCUACCACGUACCAGCGAAUCAAUGAUACGAACCGUCACCGCAGCCUUGCGGAGGGUAGUUUAUCCCACUAA